AUGGCGGUGCCUUUCGGGCAAUUGUCGUGGAUCAAGCAGAUGGACUCUGCUGCGGUGCCGCGCCGAAAGUGUCGUCGUUGCCACCGCCCCGCUCAGCGUCAAGGGCGCGAGCCCAGCCUGGUUGAAGUGCUUCAGUUCGUUGGCUCGCGCCAAAGCUCGCGUAGCUGUCGCUGCUUUAACAACGCUGUCGAUGCCACGCGAACGAGCAAAACGGGGCACCAGUCGCGCGUCGAACUCGCACGGACGACGCUGUUGUCACUCCAUCGGAGAUCACACCGGUGGAUCGCUGAACAGUGCUGGCCACCCAGAUCCGAUGGCUUUGCACACGGCGGUAGUGGAUCUCGCAAAUUGCUACACCACAUGACGGUGGAGCGAAUUGCUCAGAGAGACAAGGCCUUUUACGCUUGCCGCCACAUGCGUGCGUGCAUGCGGAACCAGUCUCUUCCGCUGCGUUAG